AUGAAAGCUGCCAUUGGUGCCUUGUUCCUGGCUGCUGGAGUGGUCGCCUAUGGUCCGGAAGCCUUGCAGGAUGAGAUCACCGACCUCCCUGGCGCACCGAGUGUGGAGUUUCGGAUGUUCUCAGGGUACAUUGACGUCGGCGAAGGUCAGAUGUUCUACUGGUUUGUGGAGUCGCAACGAGAUGCUGCCCAUGCGCCUGUGAUUCUUUGGACGAAUGGUGGUCCUGGUUGCAGUGGGCUGGCUGGCUUCCUGACCGAGCAGGGUCCGUUUCGAGUCAAAGCAGAUGGAAAAACUCUGUCCGUGAACCAUCUUGCAUGGAACAAGAUCGUCAACAUGGUUUUCAUUGAGCAGCCGGUUGGCGUCGGAUUUUCAAAAGCAGACAAGGAGAUUCAAUAUGGUGACCAUCAGGCAGCAGAAGACAACUUCAAAUUUGUUCUUGGCUUCUUCAAACGCUAUCCAGAAUAUAAGGGAAACGACUUCUACAUCUCCUCAGAGUCUUACGGCGGACAUUACAUGCCGACGCUGGGCAAGCUACUUGCUGACAGAGAUGAUGUUCCAUCCUUUCGUGGGAUUUUCUUGGGCAAUCCACUGACAUACAUGAUGUACAGAGAUUAUGGUCAGUACGGAACUGCAUGGGGCCAUCAGCUGCUGCCCGCUCCCUUGUGGAUGCAGUAUGACGCGGCAAAGUGUGCCACUACGUUCCCCGCCUCAGAGGCUUGCCAGAAGGUCACAGCUGAGAUGGACAACAUCCUGUCUGGCUUCGACGUGUAUGCCCUGGGCUUCCCAACGUGCGACCAUGGAACAGCUGCGGGCCAGCAGGAGCGGCUCCAGUUGAUGAGCCAGGUAAACCAAGCCAAAGGCGAUCUUCCACCUCCUUACCAGCCAUGUGCGAGUGACCUUGGGGAGAAAUACUUGAACUUGCCGGAAGUGCAGAAGGCCAUUCACGCCCAGCACACCGAGUGGGGAGACUGUUCGCGAGUAGUGGGACGUCACUACAAUUCGACAGAUCUCAAUGAGCCCAUGAUGCCGUACUGGCAGCAUCUGAUCCAGAAGGGCACGCUCAAUCUCAUGAUCUAUUCUGGAGACGACGAUGCCGUUUGCGCCACCCUGGGGUCCCAGCAGUUUGUUUGGGACUUGGGAUAUGCGCCCAUGGAAGGAAAAUCUUGGGUUCCGUGGACAGCCGCUGUGCUGAACCAGUGUUGGAGUACUAGCAAACGGUCUCCCUUGCCAACUUAA